GUAAUAUGGACAUGAACACUGGGCGAUAAGCGGAGCGUGUCGUUCACCGUCGGCCAUGGUAAUAAGCCAUCAUCCAACGAAACUGUAGACGAUAUUCAUCGCCAUGUUAUUGACUGAGAUUAAACCUUAAAAAAAAAUAGUAUCUGUACGUUUUGUCAUUGAACACUUAGAGAUCGGAGUGAAUACAACAUUAUUGGUCUAUUUCUGUGCAAAUGUGGGGAAUUCUUAAAGGUGUAUUAUUAGUUCGGGAUUUUAAUGAAGUGACUUCUACAUCGAGCCAACGAGGCCGCCGCUAAGUGUAAUUCGUGGAGGAAACAAACUGACUGAACGAACGGGUUCACCAAAAUGCCGAGCACCAAGGAAGUGGCGGAGCUGAUCAAGAAGGAUCCCACGGCCGUGGAUGCUUACAUGCCGCUGGUUCUUGAAGCGAUACGAGACGACCAGAACCACGCCAAUUGGUGUGAUGAUCUGAAAUUGGCUAUUUCUAGACAAGUUUUCGAGGAGGUCAAAUCUCAGAGUAAUAAACAUGAGCAACACAUGCUGGAGCUGUGCGAGAUGUGUCUGGAGAAACGAUCGGCUACUAAGUGGUACUACCUCGCGGUAGACAUGUUCGAAGAGAAACGGAUCAUUAACUGGAAGCAACAUGUCGCCUUGGCCGAAAAGUUGAUCAAAACAUUCGAGGUGCCAGUGGCGCUAGUGAGAUCCAAGGAUGAAGUUUCUGGGCUCAGCAAGGGCUGCCCACCGAGCGAUACGGGGAUUGGCGUGGCAUUGAUGAGAUGCAUCCAUGCCAUGAUGGCAGGAUUAGACCGAGACAAAAUCUUGAAGAAAGUGAGCAAGUGUAUGGUGGAGGUUCUGGUGAAACUGAGCAAGAUGCCGAAUGAACUUCAGAUUAUUGCAGGGCACGCCUUCUGUUCAAGUUCCAGGCAACCACUCAGCUGGGACGGGACCGAGAAUAUGCUGCCGGAACUGUACACAAAUCUGUACGAAUGGAUGACGUCAGGCAACGUGGAUCUCAAGUCUAAACGUAAUGAUAAGACUCAAUUCAUCGAUAGUAUUAUAUCAUCAUCUCUCAAGGGAGCAAGGUCACCAUCAAAAUAUGCAAAGGAAAUCUAUAAGAUUCACCAGUAUGUACUGACACAAGAAUUAGACGGCGAUCCAUACUCAGGAUACGGGUUGUUAGCGAUAACUAUUAACUCUGGAUUUGUAGAAAAGAAUUAUGGCAACCAGCGACUGAUCAGAGACUUCGUGCCUGGGGUGGUCAAGAUGCUCAAAUGUGACAACAAGCAGCUGAUGAUGAACGCUUCAUCCUGCAUCACAUGCUUCCAACAGCAGGGUGACCUGCUGGCCCCGUACGCAGAUGACGUCAUGGAAGCCUUUCUUGACGAGAAAAGUGACCUGUUGGGCCAUUGUCUGAAGCCCUUGUAUGGAGCUAGCCCGGAGAAGAUACUGAGUAGAUUUGAUCAGCUUGCUGAGGCAAUGGAAGACAUGAAUCCGACCAACAAGACCUACAUCUACAUGAUGUGGGACGACGUAGCCAAAGACAACGCAAAGUUACUCGUGCCUCACUUGGACCUGAUGAUGGAUGACGUCACAAACGCUCGAUUCUGCCACCAAGUGGUAAUAAUCCUGGGAACCAUGUCGGUCAAGUUCCCGGGUAAGUUUGUCGACAAGAUCGACAAGCUGGUGAAGGUCGCGAAGCAGACACCGUAUACCAUCCACGCGGUGUCAAAAAUUGUGGCGAGUGUCGGUCAGAUAAACGAGAAACAAGCCGAACGUUGCAUGAAAAUUCUGGUCGACAAACUGAAGACCAUCGAGGACAUGUGGCUCAGUGUCAUCAUGAUGGAUAUGAAGCGGAUCGGUCUCAAGCACGUGGAAGUGUUGAAAAAGUACCGGGCCGACAUCGAGCCGUUCAUGAAGAGUCAGGCCAUGCGUGUACCCGAUAUGGUGCAGAGCUUGAUUGAUUUCAUGGAUGGACGCAGCCUGGAAGCGCUCGCGGAUGACGUGGAAGACGUGAAGGAGGACGUCCAGAACCUCGACGACAGAGUGACUGAAACGGAGGAGAAUGUCGACCGGCUCGACAAGACGGUGACUGAGCAGGGCCAGGAGAUCGACAAUGUCAAGAAUGAGGUGACGGAGCAGGGACAACGACUGGGCGACCUGGAGGAGGUGGUUGAUGAUACCAUCGUGAGGGUGGACGAAAUAGACCGCAAAACAAUUACCAAUGCUCCAAAGUGGUCUCGGGACAUCGCCAACCUCCUGAACCCCGAGCACGAGCACGACUGGCGUUUCCUGGCCAUUCGCCUGGGCUUCACCGGCGAGGAUGUCCGUAACUGGGCCCUGUCUCCGGACCCUACCAUGGCCAUCCUGGCCGAGUGGUACACUAUUCAUAAGAGUAGUGAGGCGACUUUUGCCAUCUUGACGGCGCUGCAGGACAUGGGGAGAGACGAUGCUGCGACCAUCGUGGAGGAAGCGCUACAAGCCGCCGAUAAAGUGGUCCCUAAGGCUGUCCCGGACAUUUCCGAGAAGCCUCCGCGUGUUUUCAUCAGCUACCAGUGGGACCAUCAGCCCGAGGUCAAGGUCAUCAAGGAACACCUGGAGAAGGCAGGUUUCAACUGUUGGCUGGACAUUGGUCAGAUGGGAGGCGGGGACAGCCUCUUUGCCAAGAUCAAUGAGGGGAUGAGGGCGGCCAAGGUGGUGCUGUGCAUGUGCACCGAGAAGUACUCCAAGUCUGAAAACUGCAACAAGGAGGUGAAUUUGGCCAACCUGUUGAACAAGCCCAUCAUACCCGUACUGAUCGAGAAGAUAGACUGGCCUCCAUCCGGCUCCAUGAGCAUGCUGUUCGCCCAGCUGCUGUACAUUCAGUUCUUCACUGACAAGGAGUACGUGAGAGGGGAGAAGUUCUGGGAGGAUGCCAAGUUUGCUGAGUUGCUGGGCCAGAUCAGUUAUCACGUGGCCCCCGACGAGGAAAUGAUUACUGAUGAAUAUCGUAACUGGGUCCCACAGAUUGAUGAUCUGCCGAAAGUCGUCAAGACAGCGAACGAGAAGAAGUCCACAGACGACAACACAAAGUCUGAAAAGGUAACAGAUCAGGCCCAAGAGAUCAUUCCCCAAGUGUUCAUCUCGUACCAAUGGGACAAGCAGACGGAGAUCAAGACACUGUACUCCAGACUGACUUCGCUCGGGUUCAGUUGCUGGCUGGACAUCAUGCAAAUGGGAGGCGGUGACCCGCUCUACUCCAAGAUUGACAAAGGCAUUAGAAAUGCCAAGGUUGUGGUCUCCAUUGUGACCCCCAAGUACGCCUUGUCUGCCAACUGCCGUCGCGAGGUGAGCCUUACAGAUGCUCUCCGUAAACCCAUCAUUCCGCUUCUCAUGCAGCGGAUGACGUGGCCCCCUGAGGGACCCAUGAGCAUGCCCUUUGCCCAGCUCCUCUACAUCGAUUGUACCGGUGAGUCCACCCAGAAAGAGUUCAGGGAUGCCAAAUUUGACGAGCUGGUGCAGAAGCUUAAAGAGCACGCAACUGUCGAGGAUACGGUAGUCCAAAGUGCGCCACCUAGCGACACUGAGAAACCUGAGAUAGAGGAGGCAAAACAAGUAGAAGAGAAGAGUCAAAGUCCACCAGCUGCUGAAAAUAUUAUAACACCGGAAUCAGAGGAGAAAGAGGAUCCUGCUAAACAGAACCAACCGCCAAAAGAAGAAGCCAAAGAAGAUCAGAAGCUGGAACCAAUAAGCACCGAGGACCCAGCAAAGUUGUCAGGGUCCACGGUACCUCAACAGAACCAACCACCAAAUGAAGAUGCUGACGAAGAUCAGAAGCUGGAACCAAUAAGCACCGAGGACCCAGCAAAGUUUGCAGGGUCCACGGUACCUCAACAGACCCAACCACCAAAAGAAGAUGCCGAAGAAGAUAAGAAGCUGCAACCAAUGAGCACGGAGGACCCAGCAAAGUUUUCAGGGUCCACGGUACCACAACAGACCCAACCACCAAAAGAAGAUGUCGAAGAAGUUCAAAAGCUGGAACCAGUAAGCACCGAGGACCCAGCAAAGUUUGCAGGGUCCACGGUACCAGAAGUGAGGCCUCAGUCAGUGAUGGGUCCUAAGCAUGCCGAGGUUAUCCAGCCGGAACGGAGUGUCUCUGCCCCGAAGGAAAGAGCAAGACCUGAUUCGCCAAAGAAGAAAAAGAAAUCAUCCGUGUGUGCAAUAAUUUAAAUAAAGAAUAAAACGUUUUUUGUGUACGUUAUAAGGAGUACAUUGUAGUGAAAAAUAUUUAAAUUGAAAUACGUUGUGUUUUAGGUUGUAUUUUUAAAUCUCGUUUUGUCAUGAUGGUAAAAAUCGAAGAAUUCAGUAGCUUUGUGGGGAAAAUGCUGCUAUCUAAACACUUGUAUUUUAUAGGUGUUUAUGGAAAAUUUCUCUAACUAAGUUGCUCUUGUUUCAAAUUAGUUUAACGCUAAAGAGCCAGAAAACAUAACAGUUUCUAUGCAUUAAUCUAGAAAGAAACCAUUGUUAUUGUUGUGUUUAUUACGGGUGUGUAGGGACUUUCACUGAAACAUAAAUUUAGUUUGAACCUCAAUGUUUUUAACUGUUUAUACAAAGGAUAUAAUACAAAUGUAUACAUUUGACACUUGUUAUAUGCAUUGAUGACACGUGGAGAUACAGAAGUGUUAAUUGCUUAUUUGUGGUUUGCGUGUAUUGCUUAUUUGUGGUUGGCGUGUCAGUGGACUUGUUUUUUACAUUUCCUCUUUGUCAGCUUUUUAGAAUUAAUCAAAACCUUUGUAGCUUUUACGACAGAUAUUAUAUGGAAGCCGUUACUAAGUUUGAUACCUUAAUUUACUAGGGCUCUUUAAUUUAAUGUCACGUCGAUGGUCUCGUUUACAGUUGUGCAAGCAAGAUUAGACUUUAGUUAAACGCAGACACUAUUAAAGCACAAUAAAAAAAUUCUAAAAAACCACAAGGGAAAUAUCCAGCUUGGCGAACAGCCAAUAUGAUAUGAUAUGCCGGAACGGUAGAAUCCGAAGUUUGCAGGUUAUUCAGACCCUGCUCCAGUCAAUUUCUUUGUUCAACUUUAAUUUGAUUAAAUACGAAUCCCAAUGCACUACA